AUGGAUGUAACCGAUCCAGAAAGUAACCGAUCAGCGAAUCGUCCGAAUGGUGUUGUGUGUUGUUGGUGUGGCAGGCGCUUCGGAACGAAGUGUGCUGGCUGCGGGCAGGGCUUGGCACCAUCCCAGGUUGUACGCAGAGCACAAGAACUUGUGUACCACCUCACCUGCUUCUCAUGCGCCCUUUGCUCGCGGCAACUGGACACCGGUGACGAGUUCUAUCUCAUGGAGGAUAGGAAAUUGGUCUGCAAACCCAACUACGAACAGGCCAAGGCCAAAGAGUUGGCUGACGGCGGUAGCAUAGACGGCGAUCAGCCAAUCAAGCGGCCUAGGACGACGAUAAUAGCGAAGCAAUUGGAAACGCUGAGAUUGGCGUACAACAACAGUCCAAAACCUGCGCGGCACGUGAAAGAACAGCUUUCGCAAGACACAGGGCUGGACAUGCGCGUCGUUCAAGUCUGGUUCCAGAACAAAAGAGCGAAGGAGAAGAGAUUAAAAAAGGACGCGGGAAGGACUCGAUGGUCGCAGUAUUUCCGGAGCAUGAAGGGCGGCAGCGGAGGCGGACACUCGCCUCGGCACGAAAAGCUCUUGGACAAAGACGAGCUGAAAGUGGAUCUGGACUCGAGUUUCAGUCACCACGAUUUGAGCAACGACAGCUACGGAACAGUCGUCAACAUGGGUAUGGACGGUGAGGGUGCGAGUCCAGGGGAUGGUGGGGGUGGAGGAGGCGGUGGACCACCUCGAAGAUAUCUUGGCGGCACGACACCGCCGUACCUCUCGGCAUCGAGAUCACCCUCGUUGCCACCACAGUUUCCUUAUCCACCCGACUCGGGGUUGUCCGUCUACACCACCCUCGAAAAUGGACACUUUUUUCCAAUCAAAAGCCUGGGCUUCGCCGGUUGCAGUACCUUCUUCGACAGGAGUCUCCUCGCAAAGAAGUCAGGAAUCAGAGGGCGAAGUGUCAUCCGAUUAAUCCUCGAGCCGGAAAACAAGAGAAAACGUGGCAUCCCCCGUGAAAAAGAGACUCUGGCAAAAAUCGGAAGAGGAGGAAGCGCGUGCGAAACGACAUAA